AUGAAGUAUCUCAUUGCUUACUCUGCUCUUUUCGCCGCCGCUCUUGCUGUCCCCAUGGGCGAUGGCAACACGAGGGACAAUGACACGAGCGGGAAGACCUGCGAAAGCAAGCAGACCGUCGUCUGCACCGAUGACGUCUCCGGUGGUGCGAUUUCCCUGGGCAACAUCCUCAACGGUCUUCUUGGCGAAAACUGCUCCAAUGGUGAAGUCUACUGCUGCGACACUGGUAAAGUGGAACAGAUCGGCUUGAUCAACCUCGACCUGAACUUGGAGUGCUCCCUGAACCGCCUCUUCUAA